UCGCGAUCAUCGUUAAACCUCCGGCAGCUAAGCGAGGGAUCUACCGCAGCACGCUUGUUAUCAACCAAAGUAAAAUUACGUGUGGUGAGUCCGCGGAGCGCGCGUGAAAAGGUGUUAACGACGUGACGAGGAAAAGUGCGAUACACUUGACGGGGUAAACGUGAGCGAAACAAAUGAGCAUAUGUGGAGUGAGUAGCCCUGGUCGGUGCUGUUAAUGGGUUCAACAAAUGACACCAUAGAAUUCACCGUGCACUGGAUGCAAGGAAAGGGCUCGGAAUUGUGGGGUUGAGGACAACUUUCGAAUGAGAGUGACCAGAAGUGGAAUUGUGGCGAUGUGUGGCGAAUGCUUCAUGUGAUCAUACCCAGCGAUAUGCUAAUAUGUUUGGGUUUUCGGUUGAACCUGACGGUGGUAUCUCGGAGUGGUUUCGAGUUCAGUCCAGUUCCAGUAUCUAAAAUCUGCUGGGAAACAUCGUUUAGUGCAUGACUAAUUUCGACAUUGGUCAUUAAUAGGAAAGCAAUCUGCGGUGGUGCGAUGUGAAACGAUUUCUAUGCCAACGAGAUAACACAUUGCGAGAGCAUUAGCAUGUGAUUUGUGCAACAGAGGUGAGAGAAGAAAAAAAAAAAACGUGGGUGAGAGCAGAAAAAUAUUGAAGAAAUAAGGAGUGCAAGCCGAGUUGUGUUGAAUUUGUUUUGAAAAGGCAGCAGCAAAAUACCCACUUCCCAGUAUUGGUUCUUGGGUGGAGGCGUUGAUUGAUGAUUGCCUUCUCCGGAGAAGGAAACAUGGCCCCGGAUUGGUACCAGCGGCAGCGAGCAGGGAACCGGUUACCAAGCAGGAGACCACCUCAGCGCCUUAUGGCGUCGUCGUCGUCGUCGUCAUCUUUGUCAUCAUCAGUUGGAGUUCAGCAUAGGCGAGCUGCUAGUGCCAUCGCCAGUAUGGGGCAUCAAUCAAGGUUCCAAAUCAUCCUGUGUCUAGUCCUGCUACAGCUGACUGCCUCGUCCUGUGGAGCCGAAUUCAUGACAGCGGGAAUCGCCGGUGGAGGCCCAAGAUUUUCCGUAAAUACCCCUCAGAAGGACCAAAGCUCCCCUUCGCUACCGACGGCGACAGAGUCUACCAUAGUUAGGAUAGUUCCCAGCGAUCUUUUAGUCAAUAGUAACAGUAGUGAUAGCAGUAGCAGUAAUAUUCAAACUAACCAAAGAACAAAACCAGCGACCGGCGAUCAAGGUAGCGCCAAGGAAGCCUUCCGAGUUACCUGGAGUACGCUGAAGUAUGUGAACAAAGCGGAGCUGGGGAAGAAGCGAUUCGAGAAAAAGUCGGCUCUAGUUACCCAAGCGAUAGAUUUGGGAGACUGGCAGUGUCCGAACAUCACCCAGAAUUCCAAUCUGGAAUGUGGAUGUGAUAUGCCUCACACGCUGCGAUGCCGAGGCGAUCUUCAUGGGCUGGAACUGAUUGCCGAAGGCUUGCGAGCUUCCCGGUACUCGGUGUCGCUACUGGAUUGCACCCUCAAGAAUGUGACCGUUAUUAGUGAUGCGAAUAUUUUCGAAGGCGUGUCGCUACAGGGUCUUGUGAUAUCUUCCGGUGAGAUUAAACGAGUUAACAGGAUGACGUUUGCUGGGAUCAAAAACUCCCUACAAACCUUGGGGUUACCAAACAACGCACUGACUGGAGUACCAAUGCAAUCUCUGGCUGCACUUCCUCAGCUCGAUCGAUUGGACCUAUCGAACAACAGGAUCAAAUCAAUUCAAAGCACAGAUUUCAUUUCAGUUCCAAAGCUCUCCUUCUUGGAACUGAGCGAAAAUCAGAUUUCACUUAUUGCUCCCAAAAGCUUCAUUCCUAUUCGGAACUUGAUCCAUCUAAAACUGAACGGUAAUCGUUUGGGAGAAUCGCCAGAAAGCAUGAAAGCCCUGGAAGCAUGCCUAAACCUCAGAGAAUUAGAUCUUCGAUCCAACACCAUUCGAGGACCGCUGAAGAAUACUACCCUUCCGAUCAUCAAAGGCCUUGAGAUUUUGAAGUUGGACAAAAACUCAAUUACCAGCAUUCAAAAUGGCGCCCUGGAACAACUAGCAAAACUGCAGAUGCUCUCCCUACGCCACAAUCAAAUUGAUGUCCUACAGGAUCACGCCUUUUCCGGGCUGGCAUCUCUCCAAGUCCUAGAUCUAGGCCAAAAUGGGAUAGUCUCCAUCUCCGGAUCAUCCCUGAAACACCUACCGCGACUCAUAGUCCUCGAUCUCACCCACAACUUCCUACGAGCUCUUACGACCGACAUUGUUGCCCCACUGCAAUCUCUCAAAGAGCUCCGGCUCGAUGGCAAUGACAUCUCCAUCAUCGCACAGAAUGCUCUCCAGAAUGCAUCCACACUUCACAGUCUUUCCCUGGAAAACAACCCCCUGGCUUGCGAUUGUACGAUGAAACCGUUCGUAGAGUGGCUUUCCACCUCGAGGAUCGCUUCGCAGAACGUCCUGGGAGCGGUAUGUGCCACCCCGCCUCAUCUGGAAGGAGCUUCACUGCUUCAAAUAGCAACCGAAUCGAUGAACUGCAAUGGUGGCAACGGCGCAAAGGAUACGAGUGAUCAGAACUUUUUCAAGACGAUCGAGGUGAUGCUGAAGCUGAAGAAUAAUAUGUCCUACAUUCGGGAGGUCAGUGCGGAUGUGGAACUGAAGGGGAUCAAUUUUACCGAUGAGAGCGACGUUUUCCUGUACUGGAGGAUGCAGACUGAUGAGUACUCGUGUCGGUUCGUGUACGUAUUUCACGAUGAUGAUCCGGAGAAUAUCCUCUAUAAUUCGGAGGUGUCCUGUAAUCAACUGCCAGAGCUGGCAAAUGCAACGGAUUAUGUUUUCCUAACGAAACUGGUGGGAGCCUAUGAUCUGCAGAGUGAGCUAAGCUACAAAUUCUGCCUCAUCAUGAAGGAAGACAUCUCCAAAGACGAAUACCUGGGCUCGUGCCAGGUGGCAGUGCUCCCCGUGCCCUACCUGGACCGCGCAAAAGCCAAAUCCAUCAAAAAGGAACUCUUCCCCGGCAUUGCACCAGCUGACCGAGAAAGCGACAUCUCCGAUCUGAAUCGAAUCGCGGAACCCGGGAAUAGACGGUAUGACGACGAAAACGACAGCGACAACCAGGAUUCGUACUACGACGAACUGCUGAUGACGCGAAUGGCCGACGAUCCGGAUUUGAUGUUCAAUCGGAUGCGCCUGGAGGAAGCGGCUGCUGCUCGGCUUCCCUCCGUCGGGGUCAGCCGGAUAGUGCUGGAGGGUUUGGGGGCGUUCAUUGUGGUGACCAGUAUGAUGGCAUUCAUCUGGGGCUUCAUAAGGCUGAAAAGCGGCCGGAGUAAUUUGCCAUCGAUGAGCACGUGCUACACGGUGGACGAGAGGAGAGGCCCGCUGCAUGAGGUUGAGAGCAGGAGUAGGUACUUUAAAUUGCAAGCGACGACCAGCUUAUGAUGGUCGAAUGAAUGCGAGGAAAACAAUUAACAUUCCUAACCUGACGGUAGACUAUCGUUCCGGAAAUGUAAUUGCGGCCUAUUUAUUGCUUAAAGUGUGUAAAAAUUGUUUGUAAAUAUAGUUAUGAUAGAAGGAAAGAGAUGAUAUAUUUAUGUAGAAGAGCGAAAACUAUUUGUUAAAAUUUAGUCUACAAACUUGAGUAGGGUUUGAUCUGUGAAAACGUACUAAUUGUUACUUACUACCAUAGAGCUAACGCAUGAUUUCAAAGUACACUUAACGUGCCAUUAUGAGAGAGGUUUCAAUUGUUUUUUUGUAAAUAAUGACACCACCAAUAAAUGCAUAUUAAAAAUUA